AUGAUAAAUUCUAUGAUCAUCGUAUUGGUGUCAAACAGACCACAACUCCAUUCUCCCAUGUACUUCUUCCUCCAGCAAUUGUCAUGCAGUGAAAUUGUGUUCAUGACUGUUACUGUCCCAAACAUGCUACGUGUCAUAUGGUUGGAAGGAGCCACUGUGUCUGUAAUAGGUUGUAUAGCACAAACUUGUAUUUAUUGUGCUGUAGGGACAACAGAAUGUCACCUCCUUACAGUCAUGUCCUAUGAUCGUUACCUGGCCAUAUGUAGCCCUCUGCGUUAUACCACCAUUAUGAACAACAUCCUACAAAAUUCCUUAGUUAUCUAUUGUUGGGUGUUUGGUUUACUCGUCACCCAGGUUCAUCUUAGUUUUCUGUGGCAGCUUCAGUUCUGCGGGCCCCACAUCAUUGACCAUUUCUUCUGUGACCUCGUUCCUUUUGUUGAAUUGUCAUGUUCUUACACUAAAGAACUACAGGUAGAGAUUUUGAUUAUGGCUAUCCCAACAAUGCUCAUCCCAAUUAUCUUAAUUUUUCUUAGUUACAUCUGUGUAUUCAUAACGAUUCUCGGGAUCUCCUCUACAACUGGUAGGAAGAAAACCUUCUCCACUUGCAGCUCCCACCUCUCCGUUGUGACUGUAUUCUAUGGAACCAUGAUCGCUAUUUACACUGUUCCAGCUAAUGGACGUUCCUUGACUUUAAACAAGUUUAUCGCCCUUUUGUACAUUGUAAUAACACCCUUGUUUAACCCAUUUGUAUACAGCUUAAGGAGUAAAGAAAUAAGAUCUGUCAUUGGGAAUUUAUUUAAGACUAAGGGUUAUGACAACACCAAGAAAUAA